AUGAGCGCAGAUUCACUCGCAGAUGCGCAAGAGAGACUUGCGCAAGUCAAGCGCGAGAUCAAGACAUACGAACGCGCCUUUCAAGCGGAGCAUGGCCGACCAGCGGAGCGUGAGGAGAUCAAGAGGGACGCGACGAUAUGGAAGAAGUACGUCGAAUACAAGGAGCUACAACGCCAGCUGUCGAAGACGCGAUCGCCGAGACGAGAGAAGCCAGAGCCCAAGCCGAUGAGCGACCAUGGUAGGAUAUUGAAGGAGAGGCGCGCGAACAACGUGUCCGCCACACCCCAGAGACGAAGUAGAGUAGAGGAUAAGCUGGAGAAGCCCGCGCCUGUCGUACAAGAGGUAGAGCAGACGCCCGCAUGUAUCAGGUUCGCACUCGGGCCUACACCACAGAAAGAUGGAGAAGUGCUAGGCAUAUUCGACAUGCUGCCCUCGGCGACUCCCUCGAAAGGCAAGGACGUAUCCGCGCAAGAGACGGCUCAGGUCGUGGGCGCAACACCUAGCAAACCUUCAGCAUCGGCUUCAUCUGAUCCACUACUAUCACGAACGCCCCAAUCCUCCAGCAAGCGCUACUAUCUCGGCGCAUUCGCCGGCACACCCCUGAAACGAAAAUGCGAAGACCACCUCUACACCCCCAACACCGCAAAACGCCAAUACGCCACCCCAUCCUUCCUACGCCGAGACACCUCCCUCAUCAGCAUCCCCGAAGACGACAACGACACCGCCAUGUUCCCACCGCCAUUCAAGAAGCGCGGCCUCGUCCGCAGUCUCAGCACCAUCAUCCAAGGCCUCAAGAAGCAGGAAGAGAAGCGCAUGGACGACGACUGGGACAUCAUGGACGAGAUCGAGGCCGAGGAGCGGGGGGAAGCUCCGAAGCCUGCCGCGCCGAAAGUUCUGGUUGAAGAUAGUCAAGUUGAGAUGCCAUUAGGUCCGGACCAGGGUGCAGAGUCGAGCGAGGAUGAAGGGAAGGGCGAUCGAGGGGCGUUGGAUGCGGAUGGGAGGCCGAGGAAGGUGUGGAAGAAGAAGGGGUUGAAGCGGCAGACGAGACGGGUGGUUAUGCGGCCGGUGGUGCAUAAGCCGGGGAAGGCUGUACCGGUGGAGGAGGAUGCGGAGGAGAGUGCGGAUGAGGUUGUGGGAGAGACGCAGCCCGCUGAGUUUGCAAAGGACGACGCUCGUGAUGGUGAUGGUGAUGCGGAGUGGGCGGAGGAGGCUGGUGAGGAGGCUUUGACCGAGAAGAUUCGGAAGGACGUAAAGAGUCGACAGGCAGCGAAGAAGAAAGCCGCCUUGAAACCUAUGGAAGACGACCGUGGAAAGAAAGCGAAAAAAGGCAAGCCGGACGCUCAUACCAAUUACCGGAGGCUGAACAUCAAAAAUAAGAAUUCGAAGGCCAAGGGGCGGGGAGGGAGGUUUGGGAGACGAUGA